AUGAAGCAGCCCAUGUUCUCCUCGUUGUCGUCAGACCAGCACAAACUCUACCUUCAGUUGUUUCAAAGAUUCACUUCAGGUCCACCCACUAGUUCACAGGACCACAAACAACUUGCAACUUUCAAGGAGUUACAUGCAAUGGUCUUGCGAGAGCAGACUGAGUACUUAAAGUAUCUGAAGCAGUUGGCUCUCCUCAAUGAAGCGGAUUACAUGUUCAUCCAUCCUUCUCUACAUUUUUUUUUCUGCGUGUACAACAAAAUGAGGUUACGUGCUGUUUCAAAUUACCCGCCAUACUACAUCAUGCAUGAUGUUCUGAUGUUAGCAAACAACAACUUGACGAACAACUGCCAGUUCAAUCGUCCAACGACAAUAUUUGAAACUGGGCGGGUUUCCAGUUAUGAAGAAAAGCAACUGGACAGAACAAUUGGUUGGAUUAAAAUGAUGAAGAAAAAGAGGAAGUUCAUGAGGAGGACCAUUCAUGAGAUGCAAAAAACUCGGCCAUGUGCCAAACGCACUGCUUGUGUCAGAUGUUCUUCUUGCUGGUCUAUGAGGGUUUCACAAAUUUUGUGUCUUACUUAUUUCUUUGGUUCCAAAUGCAUUUAUGUUAAAACUCUUGGAGUAUUAAUGUUCCUUCUGCAUAUGAUUGCAUUGAUGCAUGUUGAAGUUAUAUGUUGGCAGAAUAAAAUACCUGACGAAAGCAUAUGUGAGAUGAGUGUGGAUGUCGAUGUUUUCAUGUCGUACCCUGCUUUGGAAUGUUUGUUCGACAACCAUCAUCCAACUCUGAGCAAACAAUGGGACCUGCCUAAUAAAAAUAAUCAAAUGUACGAUCCACCCAUCCUCAUUGCCAAUGGCAAGUGCAUGGGUGUAAGUUAUAUUUAA